AACUCACAACAUCCCGCAUCCAUAGCUAGCACCGCUGGCACCACAUAUCAUCACAACCUCAAUGGCUCCGACUGAAGCUCAAGUGGAGGAAGCCGAUGCUCUCAAAGUGCAAGGCAAUGGCGCGUUUGGUAAAAAGUAUGGUAACACAUUUACAUCCUCCCUGCCCACCCCAUCCUCUCCAUCAAAGAGGGGAGGCAGCCAAACUAACACAGUAUCCCAUCUGAUAAUUUAGGGAGUUUUCCGCCGCGUAUUCGCUCUAUACGCAAGCAAUUCAUUUGAACCCUACCUCCUCAGCUCUCUAUUCAAAUAGAUCCGCUGCACUCUUGUCUUUGAAUAAGCUUCCUCUCGCGUUGAACGAUGCGAAUCAAGCUAUCAAGCUCGACCCCACUUGGUCAAAGGCCUACCGUCGGAAAGCAAGCGUUCUUGAGGCGCAAAAAGAACUGGAUAAGGCAAAAGGAGUGUUCGAAGAGUCUCUCAAGGUGGCACUAGCGGAUCUAAAAACCAGUCCCGCACAAAAGCAAAAGGAGGAGGCAGAGAUCAAGAAGUCCAUCGAAGGUAAGCAUUACGGGCGACAGAUGAUCAAAACCUGUUACUUACGUUCGGUAUAGCCAUCGAGAAGAAGAUUGCAGAGCGUCCGAGUUAUCACGAACAUAUCAUGAAGGAUACCGAGGAUACCGUUGGGCAACGUGUAAUGCGUGAGUUUGAACGGAGGUGCGCCGCGGGGGAGCCGAUGGGUAGUUGGCCACCAAACGGGACCUGUUUGCGUAGAAUAUGGAUCGCGUAUGUUUCCCGCCACAUGUCUAUUGACAACCCGCUAAAUGUGAUAGUGAAAUGCAAUUUCAAAACGCACUCUCAAACCUCCUCCAGUACCACAAAGGGCAGGUACCGGGCGCGCCCCCAGGGGUGCUCGGAAUAUUCGGCCGCGUCCAGACCCUCGAGGAGCUUACAACUGCGCUAUUGGAGGACAGUCGGGUCAUUCGUCUAAAUGGGGAAGCCAUCGAUAAACUUCAACUUUGUUAUCAACUCGAGCAGCACCAACGAAACGCGAUCGGCCCGGACUUAUCCCCCAAAGAUACUAUCAUAGCAUACAACAAGCGCCUUAGUCAACCGCCGCAAAGUGGACCAAUGAUUAAUAACUCCGGUGCUAGCUUUCACAUGGGGCCUGCCAGACCUGUGUCCGGAUGGGAUCUCGUCCGCCCGGCGCUCCAGCUUUCGAUCCGUUCCGCCCUCAUGAAUGGGUGCCUCGCCGGCAUCGUUGAUCCUGGAAAUGACGAGAAGGAGUUCAGACGUGCCAUGGAGCUCAUUGAAGAAGCGUGGAAAAUGUGGCCGAACGUUGACGGCGCCACCCGUGGCCGCACCCUUGAAGAAACGUUCCUCAGGGGGGUCAAAAUACUUCUUGGGGAAUCCAUCGCACGUUCCUAUGGCCUUAGCCCCACCUCUCCCAAUGACCAGCGCAAGAAACUCAAGGAGUUGAGAGCGAUCGGUCAAUGGCUCGUUGAUUCGUUUAAUCGUUCACCCAAGCCCCCGAACGCUAACCCAAUCCGUGACGACGCCGACCCUUGGUGGAAUAUAUAUUACGCUCAUUACGUCGCUCCGGUCGCCCACGGACACUCCUUUAUAGCCUACUAUCACACCCAAAUGGGCAUCGACUGGCUCGAAGGUGAAGAGCAAAAGGCAUCGCUGAGAAAGGGCGCCGAAGAAUACGCCAUAGCAGCCGGCUGGAUGUCGCCGGAUGAUCCGGAUCGCAUCAGCCGUAUUCAUACGGCUGUGUUUUCGCUAUUCAAUAGUGGCAAGGCCUACUACAAAAGUGACUUUGCCGCCUGCCUCGAAAUGGGUGAGAACGCGAAGGAAUGGAGUAUGCCAUUUUUCGGUGAGAGGUUCGGUAUUCAGGAGGGACACAUGGGCCAGAAGGCUGGGACGGCCGCUCUCGGCAUGGACCAGCCGCACACCGACAGUGAUGAUACCCUCGUGAUCACUAAGGUUAUGAGAGAUAUCUGGGCCAUGAGGGUUUCCAAGUACGGAGAGAGGGAGAAGGCAGUCGGUGGAACUAAGAUUUGGGGGGCGUUGGGAAGAGGAAUCGUGGCCGAUCUGGAGGCAGAUGGGCUGACGUAGGCCUGAGCGUUUCCCACUCUGGCGGGACUUUUUUGUAUACAAUCGUGUUUGCAUUUUUUUCCCUACCAUGAUACGGUAACCCAGUUGAGUUGACAUACCGGUAACCCAUCGCUCGUGUCACACAGCAAUCUAGCAUACUUAUGAUACCAAACGUAAUGAAACUUCAACCCUCU